GAGUCAAGAUUCUUUUGUCAGAGAAUUGAAAUAUAUUUUUAAAUAAUCCAACUAAACAUGUUGUUCAGCCUUACAAAUUGUUUUUGAAUUCAAUCGAUUCCGAUAGAAAAGGAGAGUUUAUAAAUUUAUUGACAUAAUAAUAAUUACUUGCUGCCAUCCUAAAAUAUCAGGAUCUGAGAAACUGCAAGCGAUGGUUGGUCAUUAUCCUCGGUGAAAGUGAUUUAUAAGACCUGUGAGGUUUAACAAAGCGGGUUGUCUUUGCAGCCUGCGAGGAAGCUAGCUGCCUUAAAGGCUAACUCAGGGAAAAUUUUAAGAUGUAUAUUUCCUGAGUUAACAACAGUGGCCUCGGCUUUGACAGAUAACUUCUAUCCAUCCUAAAACCACACAAGCAACAUUUCUUACGGAAGUUUUAUAGUUCGUUGAUGCAGAUCGGAGUUUACGUCGGUCAGCGAAUGCCUCAGAUAACCCAGCUGCGGGUUGGCUAAAUUAUCCUAGCUAGCCCAUUAGCUAAGCGCUAGCUAUCUGGCAUUAUAACAUCGGCUAAACAACGUUAGCUACGCUUACUAACAGGUUGUAUGUAAGUGACAGCUUGGUUGCUUGUUAUUCCGGACAAAAAAACUGAAAAAGAAGGAUGGUGCAACCCCAGCCGGAUGGCCCAAUGCAGUGGGACAUGUCAGGAGAUGAGAGUGGAGGGGCCCUCAGGGUCCCACCAGAGCUGGCUGCCAAUGAAGUGGUGACCAGGUUGCUGGGUGAUAACCAGCAGCUUAGAGAGGCCUUGCGACGGAGCAACCUAGCUUUACGUCAGCGCUGUGAGGAGAUGGAGGGAUGGCAACGAAGGACGAGAGAGGAAAGAGAAUUUCUUAGCUCUCGUUUCCAGGAGGCCAGGGCCCUGGUGGAAAGGCUGGCCCAGGAGAACCACUCCUUACAGGGUCUUGUGAAUGGACCAGCCUCCUCCUCUAACCACUGCUGCAGCUCCAGCCAAACUGAAGACCUGCAGGGACGCCCAGCGAGGAACGGUCCACUCGACGGACCACAGACUCUAGAUCAGCGGGAGAGGAAGAGAGUUGAAGAGACAGAUCAACACACACAGACCACGCCACCUCGCAGCCUGGGUGAUGCGAGUGUGCAUAGCUCCUUGAGUAGCCCCCUCCCCACUCCCCCCACCUCAUUUUCCGAGGUACUGGGGGAGGUAAUGGGCAGGGAAAAAGGCCAGCCUGUGGAAGGUGCAAACGAGUUCCUGCAGUUGCUGAAGAGCCAUAAAGAAAAACUGGAGGAAGGUAUGAGAGAGCUGAGAAGGAAGAAUGAAGAGCUGGAGAGGGACAGAGACGAGGGAGAGAAAGAGAGAGAGCGGAUGCGUCGCUGCAUUGACCAAUUACGAGCCAAACUGGCCCAGGCACAGGCAAGCAAUGUUACUGAGGAGGUUGUUCAACAUCGCUCCGAGGCACAGCACUCCUCUGACUGGUAUCGGGAGCUGGAAGAGAAGCUCGAUUACCUACAGAAGAGUUCAGCUCAGCGUGACAGAACUGAAGCUCUGCUCAAACAAAAGGACAAGGACUGUGCUCAGCUGGCCAAGGACUGUGAGGCUCUGAAAGCUCAAGCAACUUCCCUAUUAGGAGAACUAAAUGAGAGACAGAGCUGCCUAGAGAAAAGUGAGCAUGAGCGCAAAAUGUUGGAAGAAAAGCUGUGCAGUAAGCUGAAGGCCCUGCAGGUGGCGGAGCGGGAGCUGGAGCAGCAGAGGAAGCAGCAUCAUGUGGCCAUGGACAAGCUGCUGCUGCAGACCCAGAGCCUGGAGCAGGCCCUGAAGACAGAGAGACAUGUUGUCACAGAGGAGAAGAAAAAACUGACACAACUGCAGCAUGCUUACACAUGUCUCUUUAGAGACUACGAUUCUAAACUGAAGAGUGAGGGAGGAGAUCUGUGCAGCCGACUAGAGGAGGCAGAGCGAGCGCUGGCCCUGAAGCAGGAUCUGAUUGAUAAACUGAAGGAAGAGGUGGAGCAGCAGAAAGGCUCACUGGAGACUGUUCCUGUCCUCACUGCACAGGCUGAGAUUUACAAGGCAGAUUUCCUAGCGGAGCGAGAAGCAAGAGAGAAGCUGAACCAGAAGAAGGAGGAGCUGCAGGAUCAACUGACUCAGGCCCUGGCUGAGAUUGACAGGCUCAAACAGGAAGCGGCAUCACGUGCACGUAUGGAGGAAAUGAAGAUGAGGCACAUGGAAGACUUUCCACCACGGGCCCCGCGCAUUCCUCCUACACAAGGCCCAACUUUUAACGGGGUGCCCCCUGCCCCCUCAUUCCGCAACCAGGCGUUGGUACCAGUCGGUGAUCAAGUGGCAGCUGGAGGUGAGGAGCUGCCAGAUUUGUGUUGUCCUAAGUGCAAGUACCAGGCUCCAGAUAUGGACACACUGCAGAUACAUGUCAUGGACUGUAUACAGUAACAUGGGUGUAGUUCAGCACACCGUGACACCAACACAAACAUGCAGAUAUAUAUACAGUAUAUUUACAUUUUUGACAUUCAGCGUCUGCUGCCAGCUCUGGGCACAGCCUGGAAAAACAUGUUUGGUAGUUGCACCUUACUCUCUCUGGCAUGCAAACACACAUAAACAUGAAUACAUACUGUGACUCUCACCAUUUAAAAAGUUGAAUAUUUUGGAAACAAGACAAGUGGCAAUCACAUGACAGUAUGAACAAGUGAGGAAAAAGAAAUGACAGCAAGAUAAUCAGCAAGGUAUUUUCCUAGAACUGCUCCACGGAUUCGGUUUCUGCUGUAGCUUUUCCAUUCCGCAGGCCACCCCUUUCUCGUCAUCAUUUUUGUCCCCCACCAGCUGUUCUUUUAUUUCCCCUUUCGCCCCUUUCUGUGCCCUGCCUCUGGCACACUGAUGCACUUGUCCAUCAGUAUUUGUACUGAAUCCUCUGUGUCUUGCUUCAGUCCCAUUUUCUGGUCACUCUCCACUCCAUUGGCAUAGUGGCAACGGAGGAGGUAACCACAUACUGGGGACUAAGCGUGUAUACUUUGACUGCAUCAUCCAUGUUGCACACAUCACACAUAUCAUUGGUCCUAAAGUGAUAAUAUCAAAAAAAGUCACAAUUCACAGGGGUACUCAAACGCCACAAAGGAGAAAUCAAAAUAAAAUGUGAAUAACCAAGUGAGCUUUAAAUACUAAAGAAUAUUUAAAUAUGUUUUGAUCAUAAAUGUUGCCUGUCUACAUUACCUCAAAACAUGUACAAUUAUGUAUUAGAGAUGGAUUUACUCUUGUUCAAAAAGUAGCCAUUCUCUGUUCUGUGCCUGUGUACACCUUUGACUGCACCACUGUUUGUCCUCUGACGCUAGAUCUGACCUGUAACCCAACAUAGCCCCAUCUGUGCCCCUUAUUCUGUCUUAUCUUUACCCGUGGCACCUAGCUAUUUAUCUUUCUGAAUGUAAGCACAUUGAAGUUCCUUCACAGUUUGUGUGAAUAUUGUCUGUAACUAUAGAUCAUUUCAGUGCAAAGGAUGUUGUUUGGAAACUGUUGAAGAUUUAUGAAAUAAAUGAGUUAU